GAGAAAAAAAUUGUUUGCGACCAAGUUUGUCUCUGACAUUUGCACAAUUGGACGCGAAGAAUCCAUUGCUAUCGAGCGGGGACGAGUCUCGGGGUGGGAGCGAUGGGGGACCACAAGGCGAAAGGGAUGGAAUACGAGAAGACGGCUGAAAACAAGCUCAACACCUGGGCUUUCUUCGGGAGCAAGUAUGAAGAUGCGGCCGAUUUGUUGGAGAAGGCCGGGAACUCUUACAAGCUUUCCAAAUCCUGGGACGAAGCGGCCAGCGCGUAUAUUAAGUUGGCAUCAUGUCAAUUGAAGAUGGAUAGCAAGCAUGAAGCAGCUGCAGCUUACGUUGAUGCUGCAAAUGCUUACAAGAAGAAGCCGGACUCCCAGCAGGCCGUGAAGAUGUUGGCCAUGGCUACACAGAUGUUCGAAGAUAUUGGACGGCUAUCAAUGGCAGCCAAGCAUUACAAGGAUAUAGCGGACAUUUAUGAGAAGGAAGAAGAUUUUGGAAAAGCAAUGGAAUACUACGACAAGGCAGCUGAUCUUUACUCGGGAGAGAAUAUAGAGAGUACUAGCAACCAAUGCAAGCUCAAGGUUGCACAAUAUGCUGCGCAAACGAAACAGUAUGAAAGAGCAACUCAAAUCUAUCAAACAGUAGCGAAGAAUUCGAUGAACAACAACUUGUUGAAAUAUAGUGUAAAAGGAUACCUCUUGAAUGCUGGUCUGUGUCAGAUCUGUGGAAAAGACAUUGUUGCUGUCCAGAACGCCAUAGAAAGUUAUCAGGAGCUGGACCCUACGUUCUCUGGCACUAGAGAAUGCAAGUUUUUGCAGGAUUUAGCCGCAUCGAUCGAUGAAAUGGACGUUGAGAAAUUCACUGAAGUUGUGAAAGAAUUCGACAGCAUGAUCCGUCUGUGUCACUGAGGUUUAAAGUAAUGGACGUAGAGAUGCCAGUCAAGGAAUAUUCGGAUCGCUUGCAAAUUUUUCAUGAAAUUUUCCGCCAGGCCUGACAUUGGACCUUGCGGAUUCAGGAUCAAUGGAAAACCACUUUGCUACUU